UAUCUGAUUUUCCAGAGAGGGGUUUGGAGCUGGACUAAAGAGGCAGGGACAAUAACAGGAAGCGGCCAGAGGAACUGCUGGGCUGGGCUGAUCACUUUUGCCACUGGAGUGGCCUGAUUGUCCAGUGAGCAGCUCUGUGGGAGCUCAGACAGGUUCACAUGCAGCUGGAAACAGACACCGCCGACCUGAGACUGAGGAGGAUAUAAUACGACUCAUUUACUGAAGGGAUUUCGAAUUUAGGAAGGCUGUUGAAGGGACCAAAACUCUGAUGAUGAAACAGUCUGCCUGCAGGCAGAUGACUGAGCCUGGCUUCUGGGCAGGUGUCCUGGUGGUUUUAUGUACUCUCAGCAUGGGAGCUGAUGUCCACCCAGCUCUGAAAACAUCAUCCACGCCGAGCAGAGUGCUUCAAAGGCAUAAGAGAGCCUGGAAAUGGGAUAAACUUUAUGUGAAUGAGGAAAUGCCUCCAAAAAACCCACCUGAAAAAAUUGGAAAGCUAGAGAAUACAUUUUACGAUGCAUCUGCAAGAUACAAUCUCUCAGGAGAAGGUGCUAAUACCAUUUUUACUGUAAAUGACAAUGGGGAUAUCGUUGUUAAUACAAAGUUGGACCGGGAGGAGAAAAGUGUUUACAAUCUGACAGCUUCACUCAUCAGCCUUAAAACCAGAAAACAGCUUGACAAGGAUGAUACAUUUAUAAUAGUGGUCAUGGAUAUUAAUGACAAUAGCCCUGUGUUUCCACCUGACAUCUCUGGAUCCAUCAGCGAAUCUUCUAAUGCAGGAUCUAUAGUAAUGACAGUAAAGGCAACUGAUGCUGAUGAUCCCACCACCCAAAAUGGAAUGAUUGGGUACAGCCUUCUGAAUGGAACAAAUCUUUUCAACAUCAACAAUAAAGGUGAAAUCAGAACAUUGACAGGCACCCUUGACCGAGAGAAACAAAGUCAGUAUCUAAUUGCUAUACGCGCCAAAGACAUGCCAGAUGUUUAUUCUUCUGGGAAUUCUGCUAUUACCGUCGUGACUAUAAACAUUGAUGACAUAAAUGACAACAUUGCCACCUUCAAAUCAGGACAAUACCAUUUUAAUGUAAAAGAAGACAGCAAACCUGGAAAUACAAUUGGCAAAUUACUAGUUGAGGACAAAGACGAGAUACAAAACAAAGAUCCUUCUUUUACUAUACAACGUAAAUUUGAUGAGGUGUUUGCCAUUAAACUAAAUAAUGAGAAAGAUGGAGUUCUUAGCCUCAAAGUGCCUCUGGACUAUGAAACGGAGAAGAUGCACAAGUUUAGUGUAACCGUGUCAGAGCGCACAGUGUCUAAAUCACCAGAUAACCAGGGACUCAAACUGCAGACGACGGCUGAAGUUUUCAUCAAUGUAAUCGAUGUUGACGAACCACCUGUUUUCAGCCAAACUGAAUACAACAUCAGCAUCUACGAGGGCCCGUACAAGAAUCCAAUUGGAGCUGUUUUAGCAAAGGAUCCAGAUAAAAACGGAUACAAAAUACGUUACUCUAUUGAAGACUCAAACUGUCCUGUAACUGUGGAUCCUGUACAAGGACAUCUGUCUUUGAAGAGGCAACUGGACAGAGAGGAAAAAUCCUCCUACACCUUCCAGGUUACAGCACAGGAGGAUGUCUCAAAUGGUCUAAUGUCCUAUGCGCUGGUUAAUCUGAAGGUUCUUGACAUCAACGACAACAAACCAGAACUAACUAACAGUAGCCACGUGUAUGUCUGUGAGAGCGAUAAACCUGGAACAAUCAUCGGGACUGUCGGUGCCUACGACAAAGACGAGAAUUCAGGCAGGUUUCGUUUCACUCUGGCAAAAAGGAGCUUGAACUUUUCCCUUGAGGAUAACAGAGAUAACACUGCGAGCAUUAGGCUGAAGCAAGGCGGUUUCAGCACAGAGGACUCGGUGGAGCACAUGCUGGAAAUCGAAAUCAGCGAUGGAGGGACGCCAGAACAGAAGAGCACUAACCGCCUCCAUAUUAAAGUGUGCACGUGUCAGACGGAUCGACGGGUGGAGUACUGUAUGGCCUACGCCCGAGCUGGAAUGAGCGUCAGCGCCCUCUUAGCCAUUCUUCUCUGCAUCGUCACCAUCCUGGUCAUCGUCAUCCUCAUCGUGUUGCGGAGGCGCUAUCAGAAGGAAGUUUUGGUUACCAAGUCUUCUGGCGAAAUCCACGAGCAGCUGGUGAGGUAUGAUGAGGAAGGAGGUGGAGAAAUGGACACAAACGGUUAUGACGUCUCCAUCCUAUCCUCUGCUUGUCACGACAGCAGCUUUCGGCCCGGCACGGGCCCUUCACUGUAUGCCGUGGUGAAGAAACCAUCUGCUUGUAAGGGUGAUAUGGCCAUGAUGAUCGAGGUGAAGAAGGAUGAGGCCGAUCAUGACCGUGAUGGGAUUCCCUACGAUACUUUACACAUCUACGGCUACGAGGGAUCUGAAUCCCUGGCUGGUUCCCUCAGCUCUCUGGACACAUCUUCCAGUGGGUCCAAUCUGGACUACGACUUCCUGCAUGAGUGGGGACCUCGUUUCAGGACCCUGGCUCAGCUCUAUGGAGUAGACGGCUCGGACUCUGAUAGCUCUGACUGAUCUUACUGAAGACCAGGGUUAUCAGGUAGUCAUCGUCCUAGGAGGACACAUCAGCAUGAUGGAGACCGCUGUUUUCGAUUCUUGGGACUUUUUGUAAGGGCCCCUUUAAGAAAGGGAUUAACAAGUGCCAAUACUUGUUUCCUUCAUGCAUUGUUAUGACAUUUUGAUGAGCACUGUAUUUGUAAUUUUCAUAGAAGAAGUGUAUGUUAGUAGAAAAACAUGCCUUGGUUUUUCAGACUGGUUUUGUCCAGGUGGGUUUUGUAUAAAACAGCAUUGGACACUGGCUGGACAAACUCUGUGGUUUAUCCUUACAGCAAAUAUGAUUUUAUUUUAACACGAAAUAUCACAUUUUUGUUUUGUUUUUUUAUUUUUGUGUGUAUUGUAUCACUCAACCCAAUGUCAUGAGAUUUUUAAAUUUUGGCAACUUGGUGGUGAAUUUGUAUGAUUAGAUUUGUAAAAAAAAAAAAAAAAAUAUUACCCACUUCUAAACCUAACCACGAACAUAGAUUAAGAUUAUUUUUUUCUGUGUUUUCUGGACUCAUAGUCAGUGUAAUUGCAGAGCCAGCAUUGUUCAGCAGACUCUUCUCAUCAGGAAAACUACUGUAUUGCCAUGGGAGCAACAAAGGAAGCGGUGAUAGCUGUACUUUGAAAGAAUUAAAGGCUACUCCAAGUUUAUUUGACAGGAAUCAUCAGCACAUCGAUUGUUAUGAGUAAAGCCCAAAUCUCAAAGGUCCACUAUUAUAAGGCAAUUGCAGACGUCUCAGGAAACAUGCAGCGAGUUGUAAGCCUGUUGAAAUGUGAGAAGUGGUCUGAAUAACUAAUACCAAGUGAAUCAUAAGUGUGGCUUUGUAUUUAGCAGCGCCAUUUAACUUGCUAAAUAUUUUGAUGAUAGUUAUAACCAAAAUAUGUAGCAGGCCAGCCAGUGUCUUGACAACGUUGUUCAUCUUUCAUUCAAGACUAAAUAGACAUAGACAAGAUCUCCUUUCAUUGAAAAAUUUGUAAACCGUCUUUAUACCUUAAAUAUUUACCUCUGUGCACAAACUCUACCGUUUCCCCCAUUAACUUUGUGCACAAUAUGUGGAAGCCACCUUCUCCCUUUCCUGAAGGGAAUUACACGCCAAGCACUCUUCUCCUGUCUCGUUUAACUUGAGCAGCUCCGUCACUGAAAUGUCAACUUCCUGUCUGUGUGAGCACAAGGAAACGCACUUCCCGUUCACUUAUCUUUUAAGUGAAGGAACAGAUUGAAACCGUUUUCCUGUUUUCUCGUCUUGGAGGGAUAAAGAAAGAAAACUUGGGAGAGCAGGAACAUGUUAAAGAACAACAGAAAUUGCUGUCUUGGCAUUGUCCUUUGAGACAAACGGUGCUGCUCUUGAAUGCUUCUUUUUUUCCACCAUUUUCAUCUCUUUCUUAAAUUAUUUUAGAGAAAUUGCUUAUAAUUCUUAUGUGUUAUUCUAGUUGUAGAAUUAGCUGUUCAAUCACUAGAGUGUGUAACUACUGGGCAAAGACUAUUACAGGAAAUAAAAAUGAUUCUGCAAAUCUGCUGAUGCAAAUGAGCAAAAUUUACAAAAGUUGAAAAAAAACUGGAACCCUAACUAAAAUGGCCUUCUGUUGAUAGCAUAUGUGAUUGUUCAUCAUUGUUAGGAUAUUUCUUGUAGGCAUGUAUCCUUUGAAUUAGCGGUUAUCGACAUUAUGGCCAGUUUAAAGUGUAUAGUGUGUUGAAUGAGCAAAAGUGUCUGAGAUUUGUUGGGAAGGUCCAGUAGAUGUCAGUGUUGGGCAGUCAGUAUAAAAUAUCAGUAAGUGGUUCUUAUGUGUGUUAAGAAGGACAAAAAAAUGUGCCUUUUUUCUAUUAUUGCUAUUGUUAAAAAGAUUCUUUUUGUUUUCUGUUUUGAAACUGCCAAUUUUGUAUUUGAAUAAUAAACUUCCAUAAAAUAG